UACUAAGCAAUAUUAACGAAGUACUAAGUAUAAAUAGUUGUAGUACACACCCUCUCUUGCACCCCUGGCCCUUAUAUAUGUAGAUAAAUAAAUUAACCAAAAAUAGUCGUUACAACUCCAUAACCAAACCAAAUUAAUUAAAUCCUCUUUUAAAAAUUCCCACAUCAAUGGAAACUCUUAAAUUUUCAAUUAAGCCCCCCCAUUUACAUAAUCAUUUAUGGAUUCCUCAAAAUUCAAGAAUUCUUGGUGUUUAUAACAAAAAAGGUACCUUUUCAUUUACUCUUACUGCUAAGUUCAAGACUUCAAAAGGGAAGAAAAUUAGCAAGAAAAAGAAAAUUUCUUGGCCGGAUUCUGGCGUAGAGCCGCUGCUUUUGGAGAGGAAGGAAGCAACCACAAGCAAUAAUGGCAUUAAGCUUAAAAGGGAAUUAUUGAGAGGACUAUUGGAUUUGCCUUUGGCAAUUGGUGAGACGUUUGCUGUUGCUGCCUUAUUGGCCUUAGGAAGUUCUUUAAUUGGCCAAGGCGAUGUUCCAGAAUUUGUCUUUCAGAAUUUUCCUGAAGAUCAUCCUCUCUUUGGCUUUUUCUCUUCGAAAUGGAUCACCCUCUGCCUUGAUCACAUGUUCUCGUUGCCUAUUUUCCUUGGGACACUGUCUCUGUUAGGUGCAUCAUUGAUGGCUUGCACAUACACAACACAAGCUCCACUUGUGAAGGUAGCAAGAAGGCAGUUUUUCUUGAAUUCAGCUGAGGCAAUUCAUAAGCAAGAUGAUGCAGAUACACUGCCUAGAGAAUCGGUUAACGACUCGGGUGUCACACCAAUAGGGGCUGGAUAUGAGGUAUUCGUAAAAGGUCCAACUCUACAUGCACUUAAGGGGUUGGCUGAUCGAAUUGCUUCAAUUGGAGUACAUUUGGCGCUGCUGCUUGUAAUGUCAGGAGGAACUCUCGAUGCAGCAGGUAGUUUAGGAGAGGUUGUGACUGUUCCACGGAGUUUAAAUUCUGUUAUGGAGGAUGUACUUGCACCAUCAGGAGUUCUAUCGUCUCCUUCUGAUGAUGCUUUAAGUACUGAUAUUCAUGUCAAUCGAUUCUACAUGGACUAUGAUGAAAGUGGAGAGGUUUCUCAGUUCCAUACUGAUAUUUCACUGUUUGACCUUAAUGGAAAGGAAGUACUGAGGAAAACCAUAAGUAUUGGAGUUAGACGACCAAACUCCAAACUCCCAAUUGAGAUUGACAGAUCAAAAACUGUCAUUGCAGAUGCGAUUGGUAGUUGUGACUCAGACCUAAAGACUGAUUCAGAAGCACCAAUUGUCUAUGAUAGUCUUGGUUCUUUAAUGCUUUCAACUUGCAUUAGUUAUUUGUCACAUGCACAGAUCUCGGUCUUCCAAGAUGGAAUAACUGAGGCAGUUCGUGGUAAGACUAACCGAGACAAGGGAGAGUCCUCGGACACAGUGGAUCGCUCACUUGAUCAAGUCCCUGAGGUAUUUGAAUCAUCUUGUACAGAGGAAUUUGAUAGUUUCAUUGGCAUCAGAAUGCAAGUUGGAAUUUGGAACAAGAAAGAUUUUGAUAUGUAAGUAGCUGAAGUUAGUACAAAAAUUAGAAUGCACAAGUCAAAAAAAGUUGAUCACAAAAUCUUGAUUUGAUAAAGACAUGUGUAGGACAAGUUAUAGAUCAAAUUAUUGACUUUGUAAUGAAAUUAGCUGUCCAUUUCUCUUGUUGUGGGGAGGCUGAUAGGUAGAGGUACUACAGGUGUAUAAAUUAGUAUGUAUGAUAGGUAAAAAAGGUUCUUGGGGAUAGAUUUUGACUCUUUUACGUCACAAAAAAUGUUCUGUUUCUGUUUAUAGCUAGAAAGAGUUGUAUAUCUACAUGUAAAUAGUAGUUGUUCAUAAAAAAACAAUAAAAAAAAACAUUUUAGGUAA